CCCACCUCAACCUAGCUUAACCUUUAGCCAUUGUGGUGUAAUUUCAUCCACCGCUGCCACUAAAUUGAGCAUCGCUAGUAACGGCGGUGAUCACCUCUAUCAUUCACAUAUUUCAGCCGAUCCGAGUGAACAGAGUCGAAACGGCCGAACCAACAAUUCGUGUCCAUUUUCUUCCGUUUCGUGCCCACUCACUUUGGAUCGAGACAUGUAACGUCCAUCCGGGAACUUGCAGCGACUACAUCGGGCCACUGCUCACUCGACCGCAAUUACGACUUCGCAACGAAAAAAUAGACUAAUCCCCCCAAAACAUUUAAGAGAGGGACAAAAAGAUGGCGCCACAAACAAGACGGCAAAAAGUUUACGAAUCGGCACCCGUGCCCCAGCAGGUCCAUUUCCCGGCUCGCCGUCGCGUCGUGCGCACUUAUGGUGCCCGCGGCACCAGGAGGUCCUUGCCUGCGGGAGGCCUAGCCGGGUUGCAAGCCGAGGUGGACGCGAGGAGGCGAUUGAGACAGCAGACGUUGACUCAGGUUGGGUAUGUGCGGAGCCAGGAGCUAGAAGAUGAAGAUUUAUUCGAGCAAGAGGAACGGCAGGAUAGCCCAGGAGAUACUGGGGAUGUGGAGGGGUCUAGCAUCCUGUUUCAGGAUGAUGAUGGGGUUGGUGAUGGGAAGGGAAAGAAGCCGAAGCAAGGACGGGCCGGGGCGAAAGCCUCAACCAAGGCGAAGGGGAGGAGACGAAAGACUAUGGGUGAUACGCCAGCCCAGCCGAGUUCCUCGUCGAGGUCAAGUUUCCAUACCCAGACACUAACACAGUUUCUGGGAGGGAGGGGAGAAAUUGACCGCGGAUUGAGAAUUGAAGGUGAAGGAGAGGAGGGUGAUGGUGAAAUGCUGCUGCCCUCAGGACGAACCCCGACGAAGCUUGCUAGCAGCAAGCGUCCAUCGCCCACCCAAGGCAUGGACCCGCACACCCCAAGCAACAAGCGCAUCAAGGUCAACCUCGACGAGGUCCCCUCCUCACAACCGACGCCUUUCACACCCAUGCUGGGAUACAGCCCGCUCCAUGCCGCCAGGUCGCCGCUCAAGGAGAAGUCUACGAAUGUGGAUGCGCCGCUCCCCACUCUAGAAACGGUUUCGAAACGGCCGAGGAACCUGGUCAUUCAGGAUAGCUAUAGCUCUGGAAGCAGCGCCGCCCUCCCUUCGUCAUCAUCGGUUGCCGCUGGCACAAGCCCCAAGGUGGAACAGCGGCCCAAGAGAGAGCCGUUAAGUGAGAUACCGGUGGCUAGUCUGGAGCUUGGGGUCUCUCCGCGGGAGGAGGUAGAGACACCGACAAGGAAUGGAGGCGCUAGGGGGAUAAGGGUGUUCACCGAAAUUCCGGAUUCUGAUGCCGAGCUGGAGAGUAACUGGUCGACGCCUUUCAAAGGGCUAUCUACACAGCAGACGCCAUCUAAGCGGAGAGAUGCCGAGGACUUCGUGAUAGCCAGCGACCCUAGCUCGACGCCACGAGGCGGAAUGGCUGGGGAGUCUGGGUCUCCAACCCAGACUGGCCCAGGGGCGCAUGAUGAGAGCGUCCCGAGCACGGGCAAGUCAAACAAGGAAAAUGAGCCGGGCCCUCUGAACCUGGAUGAUGAUGAGGAGUCGACUGCCAGUGAGGAGGAAGGCCCCGGAACCCCAACUCCGACAAUGCGAAAGACAAGGUCACAGGCGGCCAAGGCAAGUCAAAGGACUGGGAAUACUGGAUCUCAGUCUCGGAUCGCAUCGUCCCAAUCGCUUGGAGGGACAAGUAAACCGACCAAUCAUGGUUCGAACAAGGAUAUUGCGACCGGAAAUCCCUUCCUCAACGAAGAGAAAGCACCCAGCUCUCCGACAGCAGCGACUAGGAAAUCCAGGUCGCAACGCCGCACAAGUGUCGCUAGUGCAGAUGGACGAAAUACCAAGUCCACCCCCAAACCUCAGGAUUUAGAAGAGAUGACAGCCAGCGAGGAUGAAGGUCGUACCGUACCAACUCAGAUCCUUCCAAAACCGGCGGGGCGGAAAGCUUCACCAGCGCGGGAGGUCACUCGGAACAAUUGCAAGGCAACACCUGAAGUCUUGACGUCGGAAUCAUCAGCAACAGGAAAUGAACAUGGCACGCCAACACCCCUAGCACGUAAGGUUCGAAUUGAAGUCCCACCGUCUCCUGACACCGAGGAGGUCUACAAAGAAACGCCCAGAAAGCCAGCCAAGAAAUCCUCGCCGAUUCUCCAGCGCCACACCCAGGGCCGAUCCCAGUUCUACAGUCAAGGCCUUGAGAGCCAACGGGUGCCCAUGGAAGUCAUCCGCUCGCUCGGCCCGCAGACAGACCGCUCAGACAUCCUCAUCUCGAUUGGCCCGGAGAUUGUCGAUCAAAUCGUUGAAGGCACCAGGGACCAUGAGUUCCGCUCGUACAAGUUCCCCAUCCAGGUCCUACGCUGCUGGAUCUACGUCACGGAUCCAGUAAACGAGGUGAAAUACAUGGCUACGCUCGGCCCGGCCAAAAUGCCAGGACAGAUUGACAGCGCCAGCGGCCUGGGCAACGCCCAAUUCAACGCUGGCACGUCCAACUGCAACUUCGCGUACGAGCUGCUGCAGGUGUACCAGCUGAACAACCCCGUUCCGCUGGCCGACAUGCCCGACAACGGGUUGGGCAACGGCCCGCCGGACAGAUAUCGUUACCUACCGCCGGCUAUUGUGGGACAGCUGAUGGCCAACUUGCGGUGCGCGCUGUUUGCCGAGGGGGAUGAAGAGGAGGCGGGUGCCACGACGUCGCAGGAACUGGAGGAGCAGCUACGCAGCGAUAUCAUCCAGUCGACGCAGAUGUGGUAUCCUCAUGAAGAGGAAGAGGAAGAGGUGAUUCCUGCGAGUCAGGACCGGCCGACGUCAUCACGCCGGGCCGGCCCCUCCGGCGGCAUUUCCAAAUCACCCGCAAAAGACGCGGACGUGUUUGCCCGCCCCUCAGCACCGCCGGUCCGGGCGAGCCAACGCAUCCGCAACCAGCGCCAAAGCCAACGCCAGAGCCAGCAUUCAAUGGGGCUCCGGGCCAACUUUGUCCGGCCCUCUCAAGCCACAACAGCAAGCGACCUCUCGUCUAGCCCGCCCGCUACUGGGCGGCCUUCUUACUCUUCCCCCGAGAAGCAGCAGUCGUCUUAUUCCUCUUCUUCUGUGAUGGCGUUGUCGGUGCCUAGGCCGCCGUUUAGUCAGCCGUCGCUGCCGGAUCUGCUGCUGGAUGUGAUGCGUGAGGACGAGGAUGGAAGCCUGAUUCGGCUGCCUCCUCCCACUGCGGGAUCGUCGUCGCAGGCGGUUCUCUUGCCGCCGGACAGUUUGUUGGUGGAGGAUGAGGAGGUGAGGCAGCCGCCGCCUGUUGUUAUUUGGGAUUCUGAGGAGGAUGAGGAGGAGGAGGACGCAGCGUAGUCGGGUGUAUUCACAAGAUCCGUGGUUUGCGGUGGAGGUCUGGGAUUGAGUGUGUUUCUAGCAAAGAGGCUACGGGAUUGCACUGGUUCACAUACGGUUAUUCCGCUGGGAAGGCGUUGCGUGGGUAGCAUACGGAUUGUCUAGGAACUCAGAUCAGGCUACGGGAAUGCCUCUGGCAUGGGAGGUGUUAUACCGGUACUGGCAUCGCAGAGAGAUGUUUCAUUUACCGAGCGGACUGUUUACUCUAUGAUGGGAAAGCGUUUGCACGUUACGUCUUGCGGUAUCAAUUAGGACAGAACCUUCAAGAGGAGGAGCAGAAAAUAAAGCGAGAGACUGUCAAUAAACACCGAAUCGGGC